CCACCCCCGUCUCCACCAUCACCUCUACCACCACAAUCCCUCAUCUGGACUGUUUCAACAGUGGUGAGCUGCAGAGUGGAGUCUGUAUCUGUCCUGAUGAGUGGACUGGAGAGACCUGUUCAGAGGGGAAUUUCUGCAAUUCCACCAUCAUUGGUGAUUUCUCCUACCCAAGAACAACGGUUGGCUGGUCUGCUUAUUCAGAAGAGUUGUGUGAUGAGAAUACAACCAGUGCCGGUUUACCAAGAGCCUCAGCAAGAUGUUUGAAUGACACUGGCAAUCCGAUGUUUGGUCCUUCUCACGAGCUGCAGUGUGAAUUUACCCUCAGUGACAUUCAAGGAAAUAUCUCCAGCAGUUCAGGUGAUUUACUACAGUUAGCCUUCAGUACUCAGAUCCUGACCUCCCAACCAGAGCGGCUGUCAGCUGACAACAUCACCAUAGCAGCUCAGAUCGCUAACACACUGCUUCAGUCUGCAAAUAUCACAGAGGACAUCGCAGUGGCAGCUGUAACUACCAUCAGUCAGCUGCUCAAUGCCAGUGAGGAGAGUACACAGGAGAGAGACACUGUCCAAAACCUCACAGAGACCCUGGAGAUGUUUUCCCUGGACCAGCACAAUAAUGUGUCCUUGGUGGUUCAGCCCAACCUGGCAGUCCAGUCUGUCCAAGUACCAAGUGACUCAGUAGGGAUCCAAUUUACUGCUCUGACUGGAAGAUCUGGUAAUUUUGUGGCCAACAUAAUUCAUCUCAACACCAAUACCUCUGAACUGAUAGCUGACAAAGGAGGUUCUACCGAUGUCCAGAUUGUCAUGAAAUUCCCACCAGUUUUACGUAGUAAAAACACAAACUACUCCAUUGGUUUUGUGCUCUACCAAAACGACCGGUUCUUCAGGUCCAGGGCUUUCAGAGCUUCUUCAGGAACCAGAAGAAGGGUCAUCUCUGCUAACCUGGGACAAGUGUCUGGGUUACAUGUUGAGAUGCUCUUCAAACCCACAGCUGUUCCCAACACCUCCCUCUAUGACUUUGCCUGUGUGUGGUGGAACUACACGUUGAAAGACUGGAGCACCUUUGGCUGCUCCAAAGUCAACCACUCAGAAGACGGCCUGCGAUGUUUCUGUAAUCACACCACUAACUUUGCUGUGCUGAUGUCGUUCAGGAGGGAUUUUAAAUACGCUGAAGCGCUAAACUGGAUCACCAUAUUGGGAUGCUCCAUGUCCAUCAUAGGGUUGAGUUUAACAAUAACAUUCCAGAUCGCAACCAGGAAAACACGCAAAACCAACCCAACGGUUCUCUUAGUGAGCAUCUGCAUGUGUCUUCUGAUCUUCACACUCCUCUUCAUGUUGGGAGUGGACAACCCCCAUAAACAGCUGGACAAACCUGAAAUACAGGAGGACAACAUUCUCCCCCCGUCCGACACACACACAGAGCGGGACAGGGGGCCUUGUACUGCAGUGGCGGUCCUGCUGCAGUACUUCCUGUUGGGGACGUUCACCUGGAACACGCUGUUCGCCACACAUGUCUUCCUGAUGAUCAGAAACAGCCUGGCCACCAGCCCGUUACACUUCACAGCCUAUACCGUGGCCAUCGGAUGGGGACUGCCUGCAGUUGUGGUGGCCCUCACCUUAGGAAUUAGUUACAGAGUGGAUGAUCCACUGGGUUACAGGCAGGAGGAAUUUUGCUGGCUUGCUGCCCUCGAUCCAAAGGGGAACUUUGAUUUCAAGCUACCAAUGUUUUGGGGGUUCCUGAUACCUGUGGAGUUCAUGCUUAUGUUCAACACAGUGGUGUUGAUAUGUUUUGCAGUUACAACAGGCAAGACCAACCCACAUUUAACCAGUACAAGACACACAUCGAUGAAGAAGAAGUUCCUCAGUAGCUUCUCUCUGGCUGUGGUGCUCGGUCUCUCCUGGAUCCUGGGCUAUCUGUUGCUCAUUCCACAGAACCAGACCAUGUACACCAUACUCAACAUCUCCUUCUGUGUUCUCACCACCACUCAGGGCUUGCAGAUUUUCAUUCUGUUCACAGUAAGAACAUCAAUUGUCAAGAAAAUGAUGGCAGAUGCUUUGAAAUCUGCCUCUAGUGUUGAGAUCCAACUUCACACCAAGAGGUUCAGUCUAUGGCGAGACGAGCGCAGAGAAAAAGUUGAAUCAUACACACAGCUGGACACUGAUCUAUCAACACAUUAACCCUUUUCUUCUGGAAAAUAUGUGUAUUUAGCCUUAAUAUAGGCCAUAAAUAAUAGUUUUUGAUUGCUAACAUCUCAACCAUCCUGUUCAGUUGCCCAAUUAGGUUAAACUAGUUAUGUAUUGGAUUUUACAUAUGCUUUUUAAAUCAUCUGAAAAUGGUACAUUAAUUAAAGUCAUGUCUGCUUCAGUUACUUAUAAUGGAAGACACGCCAAG